AUGGAGAGAGAGACUGCGAGGAACAGAAAGGUUCCCCGGGACACCCAGGCAGACAAGAAGCUGAGGAUGGAGACCAAGAAGGACAAAUUCCCCCAACAGAACCUUGUGGAAGAGGCCGUUUUGAGCAGUGCCACGGUGCAGAAUUCAAACUGGGAGGAAAUGCCUCAGAGAUCCCACAGGAAGAGGGGCUUCAAAGCCAGCCCAGGGUGCUCUCAGGAGGAAAGACCCACCCUGAGCCAUGAAGGUGGACAGAGCUUCAGCCAAAGCUCAGAGCUGGUGGUCCAUGAGCAGCUUCAUGAUCAGAAGAAGCCCUACAAGUGCUCAGAGUGUGAGAAGAGCUUCAGGCACAGCCGCACCCUGAUGAGCCACCAGAUGAUCCACACUGGGGAAUGGCCCUACAAGUGUGGGGAGUGUGGGAAGGGCUUCAGCUGCAGCUCCACCCUCAUCACCCACCAACUCAUCCACACCGGGGAGAAGCCCUACAAGUGUGCCCAGUGUCAGAAGAGGUUUCGGACCAACUCCAGUCUCCUCCAGCAUCAGCAGAUUCACACAGAGGAGAGUCCCUUCCACUGCCCUGACUGUGGAAAAGGCUUCAAGUGCAACUCCCACCUCAUCAGGCACAAGUGGACCCACACUGGGGAGAGGCCCUACGAGUGUGUGGAAUGUGGGAUGAGCUUUAGCCAGAACUCUAACCUGAUCUCCCACCAGAAGACCCACACCAGAGAACGGCCCUAUGAAUGUGGGGAAUGUGGGGAAUGUGGGGAAUGUGGGGAAUGUGGGAAGAGCUUCAGUCUUAGGUCUCUCUUGAGCUGCCACCAGAGGAUCCACACUGGGGAAAGGCCAUUCAAGUGUGGGGAAUGUGGGAAGACCUUUAGUAGGAGGCCCCAACUGAUCAUGCACCAAAUGACCCACACUGCGGAGAAGCCCUACAAGUGCCCUGAGUGUCAGAAGUUGUUUCACACCAGUUCUGAUCUCGUCCAGCACCAGCAGAUUCACACGGUCGAGAGGCCCUUCCGCUGCCCUGACUGCGGGAAGGGCUUCAAGCACAACUCCACCCUCAUCACCCACCGGUGCAUCCACACUGGGGAGAGGCCCUACGAGUGUCCCCAGUGUGGGGAAAGCUUCAGCCAGAGCACAGAGCUGGUUGUUCGUGAGCAGCUUCAUGAUGGGGAGAAGCGCUACAAGUGCUCAGAGUGUGGGAAGAGCUUCAGGCAGCACAGCACCCUGAUCUGCCACCAGAUGAUCCACAAUGGGGAAUGGCCCUACGAGUGUGGGGAGUGUGGGAAGGGCUUCAGGUACAGGUCCACCCUUGUGACCCACCAACGCAUCCACACUGGGGAGAGGCCCUACGAGUGUCCCGAGUGCCAGAAGAGCUUUCAGACAAGCUCUGAUCUCCUCAGGCACCAGCUCAUUCACACUGGGGAGAGGCCUUUCUGCUGCCCUGAGUGUGGGAAGGGCUUCAAGCGCAAGUCCCACCUCAUCAUCCACCAGCGCAUCCACACUGGGGAGAGGCCCUACCAGUGCCCCACCUGUGGGAAGAGGUUUCAGACCAGAUCAAAUCUCCGUCUGCCUGAGCGGAUUCACACAGAGGGGAGGCCCUUCCGCUGCCCUGACUGUGGGAAGGGAUUCAAGCAUAAGUUCACCCUCAUCAGGCACCAGCGCAUCCACACAGGGGAGAGGCCCUUCGAGUGUCUCCAGUGUGGGAAGAGUUUCACCCAGCGCUCUGACUUGACCAAUCACGAAUGGAAGCACCGUUAA